UAUAUGAAAAUUGACAGCUUUUCUAUAGGUGGAAAUAAUAAUGUUAUUAUUAUUAUCAUCUCUGUGAUUUCUCUCUUUUAAUUCGCGUAACGUCUGAUUUGCAAAUAUGGGUAUAAGUAGAGAUCACUGGCAUAAAAGGCGUGCCACCGGUGGAAAACGGAAACCUUUAAGGAAGAAAAGGAAAUUUGAGUUAGGUCGACCGGCUGCUAACACUAAGCUGGGCUCUAGAAGAAUACAUCAUGUGAGAACUCGAGGUGGAAACAUUAAGUAUAGAGCUUUACGGUUAGAUACAGGAAAUUUUGCAUGGGGUUCUGAAGGACAAGCACGCAAAACUCGUAUUAUUGACGUUGUUUACAAUGCUAGUAAUAAUGAACUGGUGCGUACAAAAACCUUGGUAAAGAAUGCUAUUGUCACCAUUGAUGCCACACCAUUUAGGCAGUGGUACGAAAGUCAUUACGUUGUACCGUUGGGUCGCAAAAAAGGGGCGAAGUUGUCAGAAGCAGAGGAAGCUGUUUUGAAUAAAAAGCGUAGUAAAAAAGUUGCUAAGAAGUAUGAAGUAAGACAGAAAACUGCUAAAGUAGAACCUGCAUUAGAAGAACAAUUUCAGACUGGACGUCUGUUAGCAUGCUUGUCUUCAAGACCAGGUCAGUGUGGGCGUGCUGAUGGUUAUGUUUUAGAAGGAAAGGAGCUCGAGUUUUAUAUGAGAAAAAUAAAAUCCAAAAAAGCUAAAUAAAAUGUAUGGGAAGUA